AUAUAUUUUUAUUUGUUUUGACUGUUGACUUUUGAGGUUAUGGCGAUGUGUGUAAAAUGUGAAAUAAAUCAAUAAGUUUACGACUUUUGAUUCACGGAUACAAAAAGGACUAUCUUUUUGGCGGCUUUUAUAUAACAACUAAAAAUUGGUACAUUUAAAAAAUGUUGUUCGACGACUUUAAACCUAUUGUAGACAUUGUUUUGAAUAACUGGACCGCUCUGCAACUGGCUGUGGAGCACGGAAUGGGCGCUCCUGGCGGUAACCAGACUGCACAACUUAUGUCAGUGUAUGUGACAAGGUUCUGUGUUGAAAAUAUUGUGGAUGCUGAUGAACUAACCGAAGUAUUAGAAGAUUUGAUGGAUGAAGAAUUUGAAACUGUAUGUCAUGACAACUCACCUAGAGAAGUUGCAAUCCUGCUAUUAAGUUUCCUUACUUUAUUAAAAGAUGGUCAUCAUGAAGAACUCAGAAAUAGAAUUGAAGCAAUGCCAAAAUGUCAAAAAUGGUUGAGUGCACCAAUACCAGAUAAUUCCGCUCCACCUCAGAGCCAUGGCAACCCUGAUGAUGAUACAACAAGUAGCAGUGGUGAAGAGGAUGAGAGUAAUAUGAAGGAUACCUCUAACAGUAACAUAGCAGCUGAACCUAUGGAAGAGGAUGAACCUGGCUGGACAGUUGUAAGGACACGGAGGAAAAAAUAAUGUUUAUAAUUUAUAUAUUAAGUAUAUAUGUCAAUUUAGUUAAAGGUGCAUUACUCGAUUGAAGUUAGGAUAUAACUGAAGGAUGUUCAGUUAUGUUUUUGUAGAUCAUGGGAAAUUUGUAUCUCUUAAAAUAGAUUAUAAGGGAUCAAUUGCCACAAGAAAUAUAAUUAUUUGGACAGAUCCAGUAUAACACAUCUCUCUCUCCCUUAUGAGAGUGAGUUUAUGGCAAACCUAGCUCUGUUUUUCAUACAUGUAGUUUAAGAAUGCACCUUUACAUUGUUAUUUGUUAUUGUUAUUGCAUAAUGACUAGGUUAACACAAUGCAGAAAGUUAAAAGAUUGAAUGUCAGUGCCUUGUACUUUAUAAACAAGACAUACAACACAUUCACUUCAAGCAGAACAUUAACAAUCUAUUUUAGAACUUCGGGUAAAUAUUAAACUUUGUUUUAUAAUUCAAUAAAUAAAACCCAUUUAGUACUUUAUAUCA